CCGUCCGCUUCCGUCUACGUCAGCGCCGACCCCGGAAGUGGCUGCUUGGAGGUCAAUCGCCGCGCUCGUGGGUUGCCUGCUCUGUGACGACACCCCGCCCCUGGGGGUCUGCGGUUGGGAUCGCGUCGCGAGAGUCUCGCGCCGGGCCGGUAGCAUGUCCGACAACGAGGACAACUUUGAUGGUGACGACUUUGACGAUGUGGAGGAAGAUGAAGGGCUAGAUGACUUGGAGAAUGCAGAGGAGGAGGGUCAAGAGAAUGUAGAAAUCCUUCCAUCUGGAGAGAGACAGCAGGCAAAUCAGAAGCGGAUCACAACUCCAUACAUGACCAAAUAUGAGCGAGCCAGAGUCCUGGGCACUCGUGCACUCCAGAUAGCGAUGUGUGCUCCAGUCAUGGUAGAGUUGGAAGGAGAGACAGAUCCUCUGCUGAUUGCAAUGAAAGAACUCAAAGCUCGGAAGAUUCCCAUAAUCAUCCGCAGGUACCUGCCAGAUGGAAGCUAUGAAGACUGGGGUGUGGAUGAGCUAAUUAUCACAGACUGACCUGCUUCCUGUCAUUCUCCCUGGUUCCUCCUUCACCUGCAGAUGCUUUUAUUUUUGUUUAUAUUUGUGUAAAUAAAUAAUAAACCCCCAUUUUAAAGCAAA